AAAAGCAAAGAAAGAUGCAUGUGCAUGUGCAGUGCAGCAACUCUGCCAUGCUGUCAUGUGGGACGGCACGGGCACCAGCUGCACUGCACUGCACCGCCCCACAGUUAUAUUGUUUACUGCUGCUGUGCCCACUCCUUGUAUAUUUGCAUCACUGCCUGCUUCUGGAAUCAGGAAAGGAGAUCACCACUUCACUCAAGAAGGCACCCUCCCUUGCCACUCCUUUUCCUUGAGAUGACGAUGACGACGAUGAAGAAGCAGCAGCAGCUCCUCCUCCUCCUUUCUCUCAUGUUUCUCGUUGCUGUGACAGCAGCCGCUGUUGCUGCCGAUCCACAUCCACAGCAGGUGCAGGUGCAGCAGCAGCAGCAAGCACAGAUGAGGAUUAACAGGGCCACCAGAUCCCUUCUUCCUCAGCCGCCGCCGAAACUAGACUGCCCGUCCACCUGCUCCGUGCGCUGCGGCAACAACUGGAAGAACCAGAUGUGCAACAAGAUGUGCAACGUCUGCUGCAACAAGUGCAGCUGCGUGCCGCCGGGGACCGGCCAGGACACCCGCCACCUCUGCCCCUGCUACGACACCAUGCUCAAUCCACACACCGGCAAGCUUAAGUGCCCCUAGGCCUUCGCCACUCAUGUUAUGUACAAUGUACUAUCAUCACUUCAAUAAAUAAAUAAAAAAACUUCUGGUUCUGGA